AUGCAACAAGCUACGGUGAAUCUGUUUGCUGAUAUGGGAGUACAACCCGGAUCCAUUAUGUCGGGUCUUUCACUCGCUACAGCAUCCACCGAUUUCACUGCACCGGUGGUUAGCAUCACUUCACCGGCAAACAAUGCUUCAUUGACCGUCAACACACCUGUCACUAUCAGCGGUACCGCAAGUGAUGUGGGUGGUACAUUGGUAGGUGUUUAUAUUUCCACCGAUGGUGGUACUACAUGGAAAUCAGUAACAGGUACUACCAGUUGGACUUAUUCGUGGACUCCUACUCUUGCUGGUCCUGCAAGUAUAAUGGUAAAAGGUUUUGAUGAUAGUGGUAACAUGGGAACACCCGGUGCUGCAGGCUCUGCCAGCAAUCGUACCAUAACCAUUACCGGUUCGUCUCCGACAUGUCCUUGUAAUAUUUUCCCUGCAACUGUAACUCCACAACUUCCACUUGAUUCAGACAACCAACCUAUCGAAGUGGGUGUUAAAUUCCGUUCAACCCAGGCCGGUUAUAUCACGGGCGUUCGGUUCUGGAAAGGCGGUGCAUCUAACAAUGGCGUACACGUCGGCCACUUAUGGAGCAGCACGGGUACCAACCCUUCCGGUUAUUAUUCAAGUACUAAUCCAUACUUUACUUCUUCGGUAACGAAUGGCUACCUCACUGCGCUUGCCAGUGGUGUCGACGGACCGAAUGGUCUUUAUAUUUAUACUACUACAGGUAACGUUUCGGGUACAGUUAACGUAACAGCGACAGCUACCGAUAAUGUUGGCGUCGCAGGUGUGCAAUUCCUGUUGAAUGGAACCAACCUCGGAGCAGAAGAUACAGCCUCACCGUUUACGGUAGCAUGGAACACACUUACCUCCGCCAAUGGCUCUUACACGUUAACAGCACGCGCAAGAGAUGCGGCAGGUAAUAUCACCACAUCAACCGGCGUUGUGGUGACAGUCAAUAAUGACACACAAGCACCGACUGUGGCUAUUUCAGCUCCAACCGGUGGUACAAUAUUGGGAACAAUUGAUGUAUCGGCGACAGCCUCAGAUAAUGUUGGUGUUACCGGAGUUCAAUUCCUGUUGGAUGGAAAUAAUCUUGGUGCAGAGGAUCUUGUUGCGCCCUAUACGAUUUCCUGGAAUACUACAACAAUUGUUGACGGCAUUCAUACUCUCACAGCGAAAGCGCGUGAUGCCGCGGGUAAUAUAACAACAUCAGUAGCGGUUGUCGUUACUGUUCAAAACAAUCCGCCUGACACCCAGUUCCCAACAAUCACUAUCAAUGCUCCUGUAGCUGGAGAAGUGGCAGGCACCAUAAAUGUUUCUGCUAAUGCUUCAGACAACGUUGGAGUGAUUGGUGUACAAUUCCUGCUGGAUGGCGUUAAUCUCGGCACAGAAGAUCUUUCUUCUCCCUAUUCCACAACAUGGAAUACCAAAACGGUUACCAAUGGAACUUAUACGCUUACAGCACGGGCCCGUGAUGCUGCAGGUAAUGUAACUACCUCUGCUUCCGUCAUCGUUACUGUAAAUAAUAUACCGGAUACCCAGGCCCCAACAGUGACUAUCACUUCACCGGCUGCAGGACCCGUUACAGGUACAAUAAAUAUUUCAGCCAAUUCGUCAGAUAACACUGGCGUAGCCGGUGUGCAAUUCCUGCUAAAUGGAGUUAACCUCGGAAGUGAAGAUACUAUCGCCCCGUACACGCUUUCAUGGAACAGUGCCUCUACUGUCAAUGGCAAUUAUACCAUUGCAGCAAGAGCACGUGAUUCGUCAGGAAUGGAGCACAGUGUGGAGCCAGACAGUUGA